AUGUUGGUGUGUUUCCCCUGCCGCCACCCAUUUGCCGUCAAUGGCAGAAGCGAGAAUCGUACAGGCGUAAGCGCUAAGGCUCUCGUCCACGUCACUGGCUGCUGCGAAGACGCCUUUAAUGGCGCCCGGCAUCAGCACCAGCAGCGCAGCCGCCACACCCUCCGGGUCCCGCGGAGCGAAAAGCAGCCGCGCGAUCGCGUGAAGGUCCUGAAGCCGCGCUUCGCUGUCAAAUUGGUUCUUCUGCAGCGAGUCGAGCACCGCACUCAGUGCCACAGUGGGGAUCUCAUCGUCGAGAGCCGCCAACGCCUCACUGAACGUCCGCUCCGUCUCACCGUUCGCGGCCUUGUUCUCGUUCCUGUCGUCAUCUUCCUCCACUGGUGCCACAAGCGCCGCGUGCAACUCGGCGAUGCUGCCACGGUCUGUCUCUCCGACGGUAGUGCCCAGAACCGCGAGCAGCUGCAGCGCCUCGCCCCUCACCUGCGCGUCACGUCGCACCGCUUCGAGCGCACAGAGUCGCGGCAGCCGCGCAGCGACGGCGGUACACACGGCACCAUUAGCCCCGCAACACGCGCGCAAGAGGCUGAGACACACUGA